AUGGCUUCCGCUCAGAUUCCCACGGAGCAAUGGGCGCAGGUGGUGGAGAAGACUGGCGGCCCCGUCGUGUACAAGAAGAUCCCCGUCCAGAAGCCCGGACCUGAUGAGGUUCUCGUCAACGUCAAGUACUCUGGCGUCUGCCACACCGAUCUCCACGCUAUGAUGGGCGACUGGCCCCUCGACACUAAGCUGCCCCUUGUUGGUGGCCACGAGGGUGCCGGUAUUGUGGUGGCCCGCGGUGAGCUUGUCAGUGAGGUCCAGCUCGGCGAGCCUGUCGGCAUCAAGUGGCUCAACGGCUCGUGCCUCAACUGCACUUACUGCAACCAAUCGGACGAGCCUCUCUGCAACAAGCCCCUGCUCUCUGGAUACACCGUCGAUGGCUCGUUCCAGCAGUACGCCAUCGCCAAGGCGGCGCACGUCGCUCACAUCCCCAAGGAGUGCAGCCUCGAGGCCAUUGCACCCAUUCUGUGCGCCGGUAUUACGGUGUACAAGGGCCUGAAGGAGUCCGGCGCCAAGCCUGGCCAGUCUGUGGCCAUCGUCGGCGCUGGUGGCGGCCUGGGCAGCAUUGCCAUCCAGUAUGCCAAGGCCAUGGGUCUCGAUCCCAUCGCCAUCGACGGAGGCAAUGAGAAGCGCGAUCUCUGCAUGAGCCUCGGUGCCAGUGCCUACGUCGACUUCCAAACCACCAAGGACCUCGUCGCCGACGUCAGGGCCGCGACUGCCGACGGUCUGGGCCCCCAUGCUGCUCUCCUCGUUGCCGUUCAGGAGAAACCCUUCCAGCAGGCCACCGAGUACGUCCGGUCACGCGGCGUCGUCGUCUGCAUCGGCCUGCCGGCCAAUGCCAUGUUCCGCGCCCCAGUCUUCGACACCGUCAUCCGUAUGAUCAACAUCAAGGGCAGCUACGUCGGCAACCGCAUCGACACGGCUGAGGCCAUUGAGUUCUACCGCAAGGGCCUCAUCAAGGUGCCCUACAAGACCAUCGGCUUGAGCAAGCUGCAGGACAUCUAUAAGCUCAUGGCCGAGGGCAAGGUCGUCGGCCGCUACGUCGUCGACACCAGCAAAUAG